AUGACCCAAUUUGAUUUGACCGUGGCCACCCGCGGUAGCCAUGCUGCUCUGCUGCCGGUGAUCCUCAUCGCCACCUCCAUCAAUGAGGCUCGUUCCACUCCUGUGAUCAACAUCACGUAUGAGGAUACUGCCCUUCUCAAUGAAGGCGACAAGGCCAUUCUGCAGCUCACUACUGGUGGAAAGUCUGUCUUCGGCACUAUUCCUGCCAUCCAGGAGCUGUGCGCUCAUUUCCCGUUCCUGUCCGGCAAGGAGACCAAGCUUGAGAAUGAGUGGAUUUCCCAGCUGGACACGCUAAACACUCUCGACUUUAAGGCCCUCGAUCCCAUUCUCCUGAAGCUCGACACCCACCUCCUUCUGCGUUCUUUCAUCUGUGGAUACUCCCUCUCAACUGCCGAUAUCGCCCUGUGGGGUGCUCUGCGUGGCAACCGUGUCGCCGUUGCGGCACUUAAGAAGGGUUCCCUCGUCAACCUGACCCGUUGGUACCGUUUUCUAGAGGAGCUGUGUCCCUGGACUACUGCCGCUAUUGAGGCUCUGAACGCUGCCGCCAAGGAGACCAAGGUGGCCAAGGCCAAGGCCGGUGCCAGUUACGAUAUCGCUCUUCGCAACACCGAGAACGGCGUUGUGACUCGUUUCCCGCCGGAGCCCUCUGGCUACCUCCACAUUGGUCACGCCAAGGCGGCUCUGCUCAACGACUACUUUGCCCACGAAAAGUACAACGGUACUCUUCUUCUCCGAUUUGAUGAUACCAAUCCCUCAAACGAGAAGCAGGAGUUCCAGGAUGCUAUCGUUGAGGACCUUGCUCUCAUGGGCAUCAAGCCCAACAAGGUGUCCUACACUAGCGACUACUUCGACGAGCUCUAUGACUACUGCCUUGAGAUGAUCAAGACCGGUCAUGCCUAUGCUGAUGACACUGACAAGGAGACUAUGGCUGCUCAACGCAUGGACGGAAUCCCCAGCCAGCGCCGCGAGCUCUCUCCCGAGGAGAGCUUGACCCGUCUUGAGGAGAUGAAGAAGUCAACCCCCGAGGGUCUUCGCUGGUGCAUUCGUGCCAAGAUCUCUUUCGAUGACAAGAACAAGGCCAUGCGCGACCCCGUUAUCUACCGAUGCAACCCGACCCCGCACCACCGUACUGGAGCUAAGUGGAAGAUCUACCCCACCUACGACUUUGCCUGCCCCGUUGUGGACUCGAUGGAGGGUGUCACCCACGCUCUGCGUACCAUUGAGUACCGUGACCGCAACCCCCAGUACCUGUGGAUGCAGGAUGCGCUCAAGCUCCGCCACGUCCAAGUCUGGGACUUUGCCCGCAUGAACUUCAUCCGCACUCUGCUGUCCAAGCGUAAGUUGACCAAGCUGGUUGAGAGCGGUGUGGUCUGGGGCUGGGACGACCCUCGUUUCCCAACCAUCCGUGGUAUUCGCCGCCGCGGUAUGACUAUCCCGGCCCUGCGGGAGUUCAUCCUUAAACAGGGUCCGUCCCGGGCGGUGACUUUGUUCGACUGGGCUCUUAUCUGGGCCACGAACAAGAAGUACAUUGAUCCUGUUGCUCCCCGUCACACCGCCAUCCUGAACAAGGACAUCGUCAAGGCCACUGUCAGCAACGCCCCUGCUCCGUACACGGAGGAGAAGCCCAGGCACGCCAAGAACGCCGCCGUGGGCAUGAAGACCGUCGCCUUCUCCCCCGACGUUGUUCUGGAGCAGGUCGACGCCAAGUCCUUCAAGCAGGAUGAGGAGAUCACCCUCAUGAACUGGGGCAACGCCUUCGUGCGUAAGAUUACCACCGACUCUGCCACUGGUAACGUCACCCACCUUGAUCUCGAGCUGAACCCUCAGGGUGAUGUCAAAAAGACCGAGAAGAAGGUCACCUGGCUGGCGACAGAGGGUCCCGAAUUGGUCCCCGUCGAGCUGGUUGACUUCGAUUACCUGCUGACGAAGGACUCUCUGACCGAGGAUGACGUCCUUGAGGAUGUCCUCAACUACAACACCGAGACCCGCGAGUCUGCUGUGGCUGACAGCAAUGUCGCCCAGUUCAAGGAGGGUGACAUUAUGCAGUUCGACCGCAAGGGCUUCUACCGCGUCGACCGAGCGUACACUCCUGGUUCUCCGGCUGUCUUCUUCAACAUCCCCACUGGCAAGGCCAAAUAA